UCAUGGCGUGCGGCGGCGGCGGCGGCGGAAAGACGCCUUGUCCGUUUGACCCAGGCGGUGUGAUUUAUGGUCUGGGAGGGUGAGGAGUGGAGAAGGAAGGAUUUUAGAGCCCUGAGGGCCGCGCGGAAAGGGGCGGAGUGGUGCAUCUUCUUCCUCAGCUGCAGUGAAAAUGAGGACCUGGUUCUAUUUUGGAGACGUUUUCUCUGAAACGCACCACAGUUUUGUUAAAAAAUACAUCACUUGCAUAUUUUCUUGACUUUAUUAGCUAUUCCUCCAUGCCGGUAUUGGAAAAUAGCAGGGCCGAGCCCUGCUAUUGAAUUUCUGUAUCGCCCCAUUAUCCGGCAGGCACUCUGGGCAGUGUCUGCGAUGUGCCUAGGCAAUGAAUGACUCCGCCGCCGCCGCCGCCGCUGCACGUGCCCAGCACCCGCAAAGCCAGCCGAAUCCAAAAGCUACGAUCGCUGUUGCUGUCGCCGCCGCCCCCCGAGCUAAGCCGCUCAGCCGUCGAUGUCCUUAGAGGGUCGCCGCCGCCGCUUCUGUUCAGAGCCUGAAGGGACAAGCAGUCCGUGCCGUUCCUGCCGCUCUUUCCGAGGAAGAGGAAGAGCAGGAUGCUGCGCAAGCCGCGGCUUUGAACUAUGGAGGGAGUUCUGUACAAGUGGACCAAUUACAUCACAGGUUGGCAGCCUCGCUGGUUUGUUUUAGAUAAUGGGAUAUUGUCUUACUAUGACUCGCAGGAUGAUGUUUGCAAAGGCAGCAAAGGAAGCAUAAAGAUGGCGGUUUGUGAAAUCAAAGUUCAUCCAGCAGACAGCACAAGAAUGGAGCUCAUAAUCCCAGGAGAACAACAUUUCUACAUGAAAGCCGUGAACGCAGCUGAACGACAGAGGUGGCUCGUGGCGCUCGGGAGCUCCAAAGCUUGCUUGACAGACACUAGAACAAAAAAAGAAAAAGAAAUUAAUGAAACCAAUGAAUCUCUGAAAACCAAAAUGUCGGAGCUUCGUCUCUAUUGCGACCUCUUAAUGCAGCAGGUCCACACGAUACAGGAAUAUGUUCACCACGAUGAGAAUCGCUCAUCACCCACCAUUGAGAAUAUGAACGAAGCCUCUUCCUUGCUCAGCGCCACCUGUGACACGUUUAUCACAACGCUCGAAGAGUGCGUGGAAAUAGCGAAUGCCAAGUUUAAGCCAGAGACGUUUCCGUUGCCGCAUCCUGACCCCUUGGUUUCUCCCGUGUCACCUUCACCUGUGCAAAUGAUGAAACGUUCUGUUAGCCAUCCAGGUACAUGUAAUCCUGAGAGGAGCAGCCACUCUGUAAAAGAAUCAAAUCCGUCGUCUUAUCGAAUAUCGCAAAGAUGGCGAAGAACAGUCUCAGAAACAGAAUCCCCUGUAGACCUUCCUGUUGAAGACACAGACCGACCGGCAUUUUCCUCCAGAGAUGCUCUCAAUGGAGAUUUUGCAUCUUCAGCCAUUCCUGAAGUGACCGUAUCAGCGUCCAAGAAACAAUCAGAACUUGAAGAGACUCUUCCACCUUCUUCCUGAAUCUAUAAUGGGAUCAACUUUCUCUAAGUAAUGCUAUGCAAAAGCUGCUGUAAUUCUACUAUUGUUGUAGGAGAGUAGUUAGUUCCCUGUGUGAAGGAUUUCUCUGCACUUUAUAGAAUAAUGUAAAAAUUAACUUUGAAGCAUAUUUUAUCUUUAUAUAGUUUAUUUGCAAGAGUAUUUUCCUAAAAAGAAGACUUCUGCUUGUGCAUUUUUAACAGAUAGAUAUGUACCUUUGUAAAUGUAGCUCUUCUUUUUACAAGGUGUGACAGGCAAGCAGCCCGGUUGUGAUACUCCUCACCUUGACAAAAAGGGUGAGAUGUGGGGUGAGGAGAACUUGUGCCAUAGACCCUGGCUGCCCCCUUGAUCCUACAAUUGCUGUGCAGGCCCAGUAGCCCUGGGAGGAGAAGUGAAGGGAAGCAAGCAUGGCUACCACUGGCGGGGUGGGAAGGGGCACUUUUCAUUUCGGAGGAAGUCUUUCUUGCAUUUAGACUGAGACAGUAUUCCUGAAAUUGACCCUCUUGGCAUUGAGCAUUCCCCUUUUUAAAAGCAGUGGUGUGCCAAAGGGCACAAUUUAUGGAAAUUUAGUUAUAACUUAAUACCUUAAGUCCCCUUGAAAUCAGUGUCCUAAGGACAUGCUGAAGGCACACCCAAGCCAAAAUAAAGCACUUUUAAAUCCCAUUCUUUUUAAUGAGUGAGAAAUAUGCUCAUUGAAGUCAGUGCGAUUUUACAGUGUCUAGUUUUCCUGUUAUGUGCAGUUUUGUUUUUAUAACAACAGGACUUGGAAGACCUGUAUUUCUCUAGAUUGUACCCCAAAUUUAGCUGAUCAAAAGUAAUGGAUGAGUAUGCAGUGUUUUUCUCAAUGCAUGUAUAAAUUACCUCGUUACCAGGCAUUAAACCAUAUAUGGGCUGAAGGUUAUUUUACCAUUUUUAAUUUUAUUUUUUAAUAUUUUAUUUGGAACACAAAAUGUUUGCUCAUUAUUACUGGAUAGAGGGAAGAGAGAUGGGAGUCCUGCUUAACUCCUGGUGCGGGGGUGCAUCACUAAAUGCAUUGUAGCACUGCUUUUGAGGUCAUCAGGCAUCAUCCAAUCAAAGUUAAGCACUUAAAAGUCUGACUGAUUUCAGUGCAUGCUUCCCUUUCUCCUGUUUUAGUGAAUGGGACUAAAAAAUGCCUGACAAUGGCGGGGUUGUCACUUAAAAGCAAUUUGUCCUUGAUCAAUACAUCUUUUUACCAAAGUGUUAUUUUAGCGCCAGUUUCUGAAAUGUGCUCUUGAGCUGCCGUUGUAAUGUAUUCAUAUUUGCAGCUAUACGUUUAUUUAUGAUGUAUUUAUACCAAAGGGGGAGGGUGGCUUUUCUCAUUGUGAGUCCUAUAACUUCAAAAUAGCAUAUACGUAUGGCAGUCUUCCCCUCUGAAUUAACUUGGUGUCAAAUAUGAAUUUGUCUCUAGUAGAACCAAGAACUGACUCUAAUAAAUUGUAUAACUUAGCCUGCACCUGUUGUACAUUAUGGGCCCAGUUCAUCAGAAACCUCUCUUGUGCAGGCCCUGGUUUCCUUUCCUUUCCUUUCCUUUCCUUUCCUUUCCUUUCCUUUCCUUUCCUUUCCACGAAAGCAAAGAAAACGUAUGCAGCUUAAAUUUCAGCAAGGUUUGCACAGAUGUUUUUGAAGAAUUGUGCCCAAGUUCUUAGUGUUUUGAAAUGUAAUUAUUUUGGCUUGUUUUUGUAUUCACUUUGAGAGAAACUUGGUAUAUAAUGUCUCGGCCAUGGAGCACUUUUUAAAAAAAAUAAAAAUUGCUGUUGUUUUUUUUAGAAGUUA